AUGUCUAUGCGUCUAUCUAUUCCAUUUGAAGAAAAGUCUGCUUUCUAUCUAUCUAUCUAUCUAUCUAUCUAUCUAUCUAUCUAUCUAUCUAUCUAUCUAAUUUUAUUCAGAUCUAUCUAUAUAUCUGACUAUCUUAAUCUAUCUUUCUAUCUAUCUAUCUAUCUAUCUAUCUAUUUAUCUAUCUUAAUCUAUCUAUCUAUCUAUCUAUCUAUCUAUCUAUCUAUCUAUCUAUCUAUCUUAAUCUAUCUAUCUAUCUAUCUAUCUAAGUUUGUUAAUAUUUAUCUAUCUCAUUCUAUUCAAAUCUAUCUAUCUAUCUAUCUAUCUAUCUAUCUAAGUUUGUUAAUAUUUAUCUAUCUCAUUCUAUUCAAAAUCUAUCUAUCUAUCUAUCUAUCUAUUCUAUCUAUCUAUCUAUCUAUCUAUCUAUCUAAGUUUGUUAAUAUUUAUCUAUCUCAUUCUAUUCAAAUCUAUCUAUCUAUCUAUCUAUCUAUCUAUCUAUGUUUGUUAAUAUUUAUCUAUCUCAUUCUAUUCAAAUCUAUCUAUCUAUCUAUCUAUCUAUCUAUCUAUCUAUCUAUCUAUCUAUCUAAGUUUGUUAAUAUUUAUCUAUCUCAUUCUAUUCAAAUCUAUCUAUCUAUCUAUCUAUCUAUCUAUCUAUCUAUCUAUCUAUCUAUCUAUCUAUCUUAUUGUAUUCAGAGCUUAAUAUGUUGUUUUAUUUUUCUUUCUAUUUAUCGCUAUCUUUCUUUCUAUCUCAUUUUCUCAGUCAUAUUUCUUUUUCUUUCCACAGUCCUCAUUUUCAUAUUCUUUUUUUUAUUUUCUUUCUUUCUUUAUCAGUCUUCUGAGCUAACUCAAAUGAAUAAUAUAAUUUUAUUCCUAUCUUUCUUUCUUUCUUCCCUUAUUCUUUCUUUCUUUCUUUCUUUUUCGGCAACUCGACCGAAUAAAAUAAUUUUAUCCAUAUCUGUUUUUCUUUCUAACCUUAUUUUCUUCUUUCUUUCUUUCUUUCUUUCUUUCUUUCUUUCUUUCUUUCUUUCUUUCUUCCAAGAUAAAUCGACAGAAUAA